UUCACAAUCACCUUGCUCCGAUGACUAUUUUCAAUACUAUUUUGUAAGCGCUUCAGUAAACAGCACCGAGCUUUGCGUUGAUAUGUUUCCUAUGACGGUGUGGGAGCUAACUAUUGGAUUAUCACAGACUGAAGUAACGAUGUCCGCUACGGGAUGCAAGCUUUCAUACUUCUUGUGAAGUGAAAUGGAAAGGAGAUAUGUUACACUCUCAUGGCGUUAAAGUUAAUGAAAUUAAUUGAUGAUGAACUUAAUUGCUUAUAGAUCCAUGGCAAACGGUCAUAAAAGGCCUUCCAGCGGAUCCAUAUAGAUAUCAGAAGUAAUAAUAGAUGCUUGGGGAAUACGAAAUUAAUAUAUAGCAACUGCUUAACAUCAUGUGACGCUUAAUGGAAAUUUGUUUGAAAACACUGCAAUCAUUUUAUCCAUAAUAAUUAAUUAUCCCUUACGAAUAAAAUCAUUGUCUGUACACUGAAAAUAAAACGGAAAAGGUAUGAAUUCAUGUAAGGUUUGUGUUAGUACCAAAGUUGAACAGAAGAAGUCUAGAGUGAAGACAUCAAACGUGUCUUCCAGUAAUGGAGUUAAUACAAAAUAUAAAACAAAUGAAAAUAGUUCAAAUGAUGGAAAUAUGUCAGUUUUAACAUCUGAGGAGAAUAAAGAUAAAUGUUGUAUCAGUGAUGUUUGUUCAGCUGCAGUUAGAACUGGUGUAGGAGAUAGCUUCAUCUCAAAUCAAAAUGAAAAAGAAGCAUUAGAAACCAAAGUAAUUCUUUCAAAAUUUCAAACAAGCAUCAACCUUCUAUAUGGAAUUAUAACAACGCUUGUUUUUAUCAUUAUUCUUGGAAUUUUGAUUCUUCAGAGCGAAGUAAAUGUAAUUCGAAACGAAUGCUUGAAUGCUGUACCAAGGAGAACGUUGGAUAUUCAUAACUAUGGAUAUAUUUUUAAUAAAAGUGAUUUUCAAAAUAAAUUACUUUCAAGACGAAAACGUGAUAGGAGAGGAAAAAGAGAAAGUCAGAAUUAUACACCGAGAACCCUAGAGAAAGAGAUUUUUAAGCUACACAGGCGACAUAAAAGAUCUGAUGUGGCCGCAACUAUUCAUGACUACUGUAGAAGUGUUUUCAACCUGUGUGAUGCAAGAACUGCUCGAGGCCCACCUGGUCCUCCGGGGGUCCCAAUCGCUGUAGGUCCCCCUGGGCCUCCAGGGCCUCAGGGUCCUAAAGGAGAACAGGGUCACCCUGGAGAGAGAGGUCCUCCAGGGAGGUUUGGCUUUGACGGCAUUGCAGGUACUCCCGGGGAUAAAGGCGAACCUGGCGAAAAGGGGGACAGAGGGUUGAUUGGGUUUAGCGGAGAAAAGGGCGAUAAGGGUUAUCCCGGUCUUAAAGGAGACACUGGCGGUCCUGGAUCUCCUGGUGCUCGUGGCCCACUCGGUCCGCAAGGCCCACCAGGUCCUAAGGGCCCUAAAGGUCAGAAAGGUGAAGAAGGAAGACGUGGGAAAAUCGGCAAAGAGGGACCAAAGGGUGAUAAAGGUGAUAAAGGUGUGGACGGCAUUCCAGGUGUACCAGGUUUCAAGGGGGAACUAGGUGAUACGGGCGAACGUGGACCUCCAGGUUACGGCAUCAAUUGUAUAUGCGAGAAGGGUGAUAAGGGAGAAAAGGGACAAAGAGGCCUGGUAGGAUUCACUGGAUACAAAGGGGACAAGGGAAUCACAGGACAGAAAGGUGAUAGAGGGUUCGGAUUGAAAGGUGAACAAGGGCCUGUUGGACCACCAGGACAUACAGGUGCAAAAGGUCAAAAAGGUGAUUGUGACGUGUGGACUAAAGAGAGGAAAGAAUGGCGAGUUGUUAACAUCGAUCCUAAAGGCGACAGCAACGGACAACUCAGUGAUAUACCGCAGCAAGAUUACCAAGCUGAAGAUGGCACGAAACAUACUUCCGGUCAUGGAUCACGUGGCUCACGAUCAAGUGGAACAAACUCUGUAAAUCAGGCUUCUAAAACGAUAUCUUCAUUUAUAUCAUAUAUCAUCAUAAUUCUUAUACAUUUGCCUUUAAAUUCUAGGAACUUUCGUUUCCAUAUCUGACAAGCUGCUUUUAAUCUAAUGACAAACCAAAGGAGCGCAACGACACUGAAAAAAUUUGAAAAGAAUUCAGAAAUAAAGCUUGUGAUGCUGAAAAUAGAUAACACUAUCAAGGAUGUGAAUAAGAAAGUGCAGCGCGGCGGUGUUGGUGAACUAAGUAUUUCAGUAAGUCUUGUGAUACUCAUUCGCGAAGUUUGUGGUACUGAAACUUAAAAGUUCGGUAGCAUGUAAACGUUAUAUUUUGCUCAUUUUAGCCGUUAAUCAUUUAUAUUAAAAAUAUGUAAUGUUGAAUUUGUUAACAAUGCGAACAAAGCGUUUUCGUGUGGAUACCAAUGUUAUAUGUGAAACAUUAUGCAGCAGUCUGCAUUUUUUUUUGUCAAAGGCAUCAUAUUUUGUUUCAUUCACCUGUCUCUUUGUAAAAUGUAAACUGUACAUAUUUCACAAAAACCAAAGUAAAAAUAAUGAUUUAUAUUUUUAUAUAGUGUCAGCAUGACAAGUUUAUUACUAAAAAUAAAGAAUCUAUUGGGGGAGAACAAUUAAGUUUUCAUGAAUAAUCAUAGACUGUUCAGUCUCACUUCGAAUGGUAAGCAAUUUCAAAUCACAUUAUUAUAUAAUAAACAUAAUAACAACAGGCAAAGUCUGAAUCCAAAAGAAGAUGAAUGUUUUUGUUACAAUUAUGUUGCUCUUUAGAGGUAUAAAAGUAAACAGAUGCAUAAAUGCGUUAUGUGUAUACUAUUGUUACAUGUUAUUUAUAUUGCUUGUUGCUUUCGUCGAUGCUUCGGCUGUCUUGUUUGUAUAGAAGGUAACUUACUAAGACUUUGCUAAGCAAUUGUGAUAAACCAUUUUCAUGGUUGUGAGUGAACAUAUGGUUGUCUCUGUUUAUUUCGUUGUUUUUUUCUUGUUAUUAAAUUACUUUAUAUAAAUGUACAUAUAUUUCCUAAAAUAAAAGUUAAAACUC